AUGAGAAUUUUCAUUGUUUCUCUGUUCUUCAUUGUAUCGGUGUUCUCGGCCCCAAUUCCCGGCGGUGCGAAUCCAGAGGCUCCCGCUGAUCCAUCAGAACCCGUCGACCCAGCUACCAAUUGUGUAGAUCGAGUUGCUUGGUGUACGGAGUCAAUGUGUAUAACGAAUGUGAAAGAAACCGAGUUUUACAACAAAUUCGAGGAUAGCGGAGAGGCUAAAACUUUUGUGGUCCGAGAAACAAACCCGAUCGGGCUGAAAUGGACGUGCAAAAAGACGAUGCCGUCUCUGCAAUGUGCCAACUCCAAAACACUCAACACCUCAGCCGUAAAAAACAAUCAA